CUGGUGAUCGAGCCUCUGGCGCUGAUGUAUCCAUGUUGAUUAUUUUUGACUUAAGUUUGAAGAUGGAAAAUUAGCUACUUUUUGGGCAGAUCUGUGUGAAUUUAAAACAAAGAUAUUGCGAAUUAAUCGUGUUUCAAUUCGCUAGUGUCUACAAAUCUAACUAAGCAUAAGGCGCCAAACAAUAACAGAAGGAUGGUUCGUAAACGUCAUAACAGAAAGAAGGGUCCGUAAUAAUAUCAAGUUAUGGAUCUAGUAUCUAGUGAAGAAAAUGACACACCGCUAAUUAUAGAUAGUGGUACUGAAAGUAUCACCGAGAGCCCCACUGCUGAAGAUGAGAGUGAACAUUCAGAAGAUUCCACAGUGUGUGAUUUACAGAUUGCAUCCAAAACCAAAGAAAAGCUUCAAACUGCUCAAAAUAUAUUGGAUAAAUCAUUUUCAAUAGACGAAGAAGACCUGGCAACGCCUUUAGAACCUAUACCUGUGCAAAAUUAUCCAGGACUUGCUUCAAUUUCCAGUAAUGGUACGUCAACGGAAAGUAGCAGUUCAGACCCAAGUGGAAAAUCUGACGACGAAGAAGUUUUGGAAGAUCUCACACAUGAUGAUUGUACAAAUCAGACGCAAAGUAAAGAAGAAGGUUGUAUUGUCGAUAUAGUGAAGCAAAUCGACAUAGAUGGGAGCGGAGACACAGGAAAAGAAGGUAUGACUGUGGAAGAGAGCCAUGUUGAUGCAGGGGGUGAUGUGCCCUCUGACUUAGCUACCAUUCCAGAAAACAAUAGCGAGACUGAGAUAUCAACGGGUACAAAUGACCAAAUUUCUUUGCCAAAUACAAACUACACUUCUAUUCUCCGAGGACAACCCACAGACUAUGAUUCUUCCUCUAACAGUUCUCCAACUAACUCUAAGCGCAGAGUGUCAUUUCCUCUAGAUGAAUGCAAUCUGAUUACGUAUUGCGAGCCAGAUCAUGAAUUUCCUUGGAUGAUAACUCAAGAUAUGCCUGCAGAAAAAAUUCUCCAGGUUUACCAAAAUUCCUGCAAGAAGCACAAAACAAUCGAAUUAGAUGUAAUAAAAUCGCAAAUAAGUGAAAUAAAAAAUAACACCAAUCAUUCAGCUAUAUUAAAAUUGAAUUCUGUAAGAAUAACGUCGGAGGUAAAUGAAACUCUCGAGGAUUUGCUAAAAGUUACCAACUUCAAUACUUUGAUCUUAAAUGAUUGUAAAUUCACUCCUGAAACUAUGAGCGAGUUUCUUAACAUGCUAGAGUUUUACGAGUCCAUUCGCCACUUUGAAAUAGAAAUGAAUUUCGAUGACCAUGAUACCUGGAAGUGUUUCUGCAACGCUUGUAGUAAUAUUAUGGUAUUGGAGUCCUUAUCAUUCAAAAAAAUGGUCAUUAAUGAACCUUAUAUGCGGUCCCUGAUAAGUACCAUAAAAAGUAAUUCCAAUAUUACAAUGCUUAAAUUCGAUGGCUGUAUGUUGGUCAAACUGCCAAGCUUUUACUUAGUUGAAAAUUUAAUGAUGAAUCGUACUAUUCGAGAGUUAUAUCUGCCGUCAACUGGUUUAUAUACAAAGGAAGCAGAAGUAUUGGCUCGUUUCCUUACGAAUAAUACCCAUCUCAAGUUACUCGAUAUUGGCAACAAUUUUAUAGGAGAUCGUGGAUUGGAAUCGUUAGCAAAAGGGUUGUGUAAGCAAAAUAGGCCCGGCUAUGGAUUGUCGGCUCUUAUCAUUUUCAAUAACCAAAUCUCCGACAAAAGUGGACCAGUUAUAAGCAACAUUAUUGUAGAGUGCAAAAACCUUCACACGCUUAACGUUGGCUAUAAUAACUUAACAGACGAAGUACUUAUACACAUAAGUGGUGGUUUGCCAUUGACCACAUCUCUCGAAGGUUUAGGUCUACAGUGCACCCUGUUAACUUGCAAAGGGAUCAAUAUACUUGCCGAAGCGAUUCAGAACAACCAGUCUCUUCAGAAAAUCAACUUAAAGGGCAACAAAGCGAUUCAAAUAAAUGGGGUAGAAAGCCUAUGCCAGGCCUUAACAAAGUCGAAAAUUUACAAAAUCGAAAUCGAUGAAACCAACCGCUCAUGUAACGAUCCCGAAGCGUAUUCUCAAUUAGUAAAGAAGCUCUUUGCGAUCUGCACUGUAAAUAAAUCUUUCGUCGACGGUACAGACGAUGAGGAACUCGCCAACAUUUCGCAGCUAAUUUCCCGAAAAAUGUCGUUGAGCUGUGAACCGAGAUACACAGUCCCUGAUCCUGCUAGUACGUUUCAAAUAGGGUCGCCAGCUCUCUCACCUGUGCCAUCUCCAGUGUCCAGCCCCGCGCCGAAGAGUCGGUUCCAGAUAGUGAAAGUGAAUGAAAAUAACAGUAGUUGCAGUAGCACCAGUGUUAGUCCUAGCCCUAGCCCCAGUCCAAAGCAGAAAUCCAGGUUUCGUGUGACGAGAGUCCCCCCUUCCCCCGAUGAAGAAAUAUCCUUAGGCCGUUUUGCCAAUGUUCGCAGCAGUGUAUCAUCGAACGACAGCAUGGAUUCACUAGCCACUUUACACUUAGACAGUGACAGUGAUUGACUGCUUCUUCUUCUUUCUCAUGUGGUAGUACAAGCCCCUCUAAGUACUUAUUUUCAUUGGUAUUAGUUCUGUGAUAGGAUGUGUUAUUUUUAAAGCUUGUUUCAAAUUUUAUUUCCAAUGCAAUGUGAUGUAAAUCGUUACAGAACCUUACGGAGAUGUAUUACUGCUUCUACAGCAGCUUUUGUUUAUGUAUGUGGAAUAUUAUAUAUCAAAAAGUAGACUCUUCCAGUAGCCUGGAUAAGCGUUUAUCGGAUGUUUUCUUGCUUAUUUUGAACGCUGUAUGUACAGGAUAGAUUUUAAUUCAAAAAUAAUAUUAGGGGAUAGACGAUACUGCCUAAUUUUUAAAUCGAUUUGUUUGAAAAAUGUUUUCGAUGCGCAUUUUUCAUUUGCCUUUUUACAUCAAGAUAUCCUAUGACUAUAUUUGACGGGUCGACUUGCACAAUUAAAGAAUCUAAUAACAUUUGUAAUAAUUGUUAAAAAAAAAACUUGUAAUAUAAAUGUAAUCUCGUUAACGUUCAUUUUAAAUAUACGAUUCUGAAAAUAAAAAUAUACCCUAUGUGGUGUAUUUGUGCACCGUGAUAUUUUAAAAUUAAUUUUGUGGGUUUAUAGUACAGUGAUAUUUGAGGACAUGGUACAAACUAAGAAGUAUUAAUACAAACUGGCUGUUUUCGCGUGCAUAUUUUUUUGCUUAGAAAAUGCAGUGUAUAUAAAUAUAUAAAUGGUUUUUAGAUUCGUUUAAUGUGUGUAUUUCGUGAAUUAGCUUAUUAUAGCUUAAUUUAUUUUUAAACGAUAACAGCGAGUUACAUGCCAAAUCUUCGUCACUUUUUUUUGUUAACCUGUGUUGAGUGAAUUUAAAAUCGAAUGUUGGUAGAUUUGCACGUAAUCUGCUAAGCACAUUGUUCUUAUUUUUUAUUUACCGUUAAAAGAACAAGACAUUUUACUUAAGAUUCUGAGGUACAAAUUUAGUUAAAUAGAUGAUGUGGAGGAAGAUGCAUUGACAAAUUUUAGCAAUUUAGUUUUUAGUUGUUGUAUUUGAGUAAUUACAAUAACACAUUUUGUUUGAUUUUACAUUUUUUUUUUAUAGUGCUUCUGUACAUAUUGUGAAAAAUUGGGUGGUUUAUUUAAUAAACGCAAAGUUUCUUAUAUAUUAAUAUAUAAAAAUUUAAGGUAAGGUAUCAAAAUUUUUUUUAGUGUAUAGUCUUUAUAAAAGGUUAGUCUUUGCCUCUCUCCUCAAGGACGUAAUGGAUGAUCUAAUCCAGUAGGAUAGAGUUUCGCAUGCUUUUUAAGUAUAAGGGAUUAAAAAUUAAAAAAGGACUUAAGUCACAAUAGGUUUGUAUGCGAGAUGUUAAAAAUUUACUUGUAUGUAGUAUAGGUUUUUUACAAAGUAGCCUUAAGUGUGAUUUUGGUUUGAUAUACGGCAACAAGUGCCCUAUUGUAAAAAAAAAAACUAUAAAUACGGGAUAAUAGUUUUAAAUUAAAUAUAUUUUUAUAUUGAUGUUGUUAGAUAUCUUGGGGUGUAAGAAACUAGUUAAUAGAAAUUUUUGGUACAAAACUUACUGAAUAGUUCCAUAUUAUUAUUUUGUUAGUUACUAUACCAUUUGCGCAUGCACUACGCAUUUUGUUAAUAUAGUUUAUUUAUAUUUCUGUGUAUGUGAUAAAUGGAUGUGAUAUUGUAUGAUAUCUUAAGGAUAUUUUAACAAAUAACCAUUACUUGUAGAU